UUAGAGACACCCAACUUCCACUUCCCAUUCCUAUCUUACUUUUUUCGUUUUUCUUGUUUGUAGCAUAGCAUAGCGUUCACACAAAUUUGUACAAAAUUCAAUCUUGUAAAAAUAUUUUCACACCAUAAUUUCAUAAUUCUACUUUUUCCUGUUUGUUCUUUUUUGUUUUUUGAGUAAAGCGUAGAAAUUAACUGAAUUCUGUUACAUUUCCAGAUUGAUAAUUUAUUCAAAAGAAAUUUUCAGUUUCAAGAUUUAAUUUUUAUGGGUAAAGGAGCUGGGUGUAUGCCAAGUAAGAAAAGGUUACCAGAUGUUCAAGAUCGUCCGAACCCAGAUAGGGAUGACGCUAAUAUUGUUCAGGACCAGCUUACAGCAACAAACAGUACAACCCCACUUCAAAACAACAACAUACAAACAAGCAAGAAGCUGAAAAUUUUCAUUAUUUUUUACUCAAUGUAUGGCCAUGUAGAGUUGUUGGCAAGAAGGAUAAAGAAAGGAGUUGAUUCCAUUGAUGGGGUUGAAGGGGUUUUGUAUAGAGUCCGUGAGACUUUACCAGUGGAGAUUUUGGAGCAGAUGAGAGUACCCCAGAAGGGUGAUGAUGUGCCGGUGAUAAGUGUUGAUGAGUUGGUUCUGGCUGAUGGGUUAUUGUUUGGGUUCCCAACUAGGUUUGGCUCCAUGGCGGCUCAAAUGAAGACAUUUUUUGACUCUACAUUUCCUUUGUGGAAGGAUCAAAGACUUGCAGGCGUUCCUGCUGGGUUCUUUGUGAGUACUGGGACUCAGGGUGGUGGACAAGAAACUACCGCCUGGACAGCAAUCACUCAGUUAGCCCACCAUGGUAUGCUCUAUGUUCCCAUUGGUUACACCUUCGGCGCUGGAAUGUUCAAAAUGGACUCACUAAGAGGAGGGUCUCCAUAUGGCGCUGGAGUUUUUUCUGGUGAUGGCUCAAGGGAGCCAAGUGAAACAGAGCUUGCUUUAGCUGAGCAUCAGGGAAAAUACAUGGCAGCAACUGUCAAGAGAUUUGCCCAGCCUCGUGAGUCGUGAUAGCCUCAAGUAGCUUUGCUAAGUCCACAUUUAUAUUCCAUGUCACCAUCUUUUUUAUUGGUUGCACAUACAUGUUCAAUUUGUUCUGCAUUUAUCUUCAGCUAUCAUCUGUUAAUAGAUUUUAGAUAGUUGAGGCCGUCUAUCAUUUUUCGGUUUGUACCUUUAAUAUGCUUGUGAUUCCCAUUUAAUUUGGUUAUGAAGCUUUUCUCAGUUAAAACCGU